GCAAGGUGGGAAGACAGUGGAAGUUAAAGGAGGAGAACAUUGCUAUUAUCAGGGAGAAAUUCGAGGAAAUCCUGUAUCAUUUGUUGCCUUGUCAACAUGCCAUGGAUUACAUGGGAUGUUUUAUGAUGGAAAUCAUACUUACCUUAUUGAACCAGAUGAAAACUACACUUCAGAGGAUGACUUCCAUUUCCACUCUGUUUACAAAUCCAAGUUGAUUGAGUUUCCUCCAGACGACCUGCCACCUGAGUUCUGGCAAAUGAAUACUACAUCACAGAAUUUUGUUGUAAAGCCAAGACACAAAAGAAGUAAAAGGCAGAUUCGUCUCAUUCCACGUAAAGUUGAAGAGGAAACAAAAUACAUUGAGUUGAUGAUUGUAAACGAUCAUCUAAUGUGUAAAAAGCACCGCUUGUCAGUCGGCCAUACAAACAGCUAUGCUAAAUCGGUCGUGAACAUGGCAGAUUUAAUAUAUAAAGAACAACUUAACACCAGGAUAGUAUUGGUUGCCAUGGAAACCUGGGCUACUGAUAACAAGUUCACCAUAUCUGAAAACCCCUUGGUGACCCUACGUGAGUUUAUGAAAUAUAGGAGGGAUUUUAUCAGAGAGAAAAGUGACGCAGUUCACCUUUUUUCGGGGAGUCGAUUUCAGAGCAGUCGAAGUGGUGUAGCCCACACUGGUGGAAUCUGUUCCUUGCUUAAAGGCGGAGGUGUGAAUGAGUUUGGAAAGCCAGACUUAAUGGCAGUUACCCUGGCACAGACCUUAGCCCAAAACAUUGGCAUUUUCUCAGACAGAAGAAAACUUAUAAGUGGUGAGUGUAAGUGUGAGGACACGUGGUCUGGAUGCAUAAUGGGAGACACAGGGUAUUACCUUCCAAGCAAGUUCUCCAAGUGUGACAUUGAAGAGUAUCAUGAAUUUUUAAACAAUGGAGGUGGAGCCUGCCUGUUCAAUAAACCGACCAAACUUCUAGAUCCUCCAGAAUGCGGCAAUGGCUUUGUGGAAGAUGGAGAAGAGUGUGACUGUGGGACAAUAGCAGAGUGUGCCAAUGAAGGAGGAGAGUGCUGCAAUACUUGCACCCUGACGGCAGGCUCCCAGUGCAGCAAUGGGCUUUGCUGUCGGAAGUGCCGGUUUGAACCUAAAGGAGUUUUGUGCCGAGAAGCGGUGAAUGAUUGUGAUAUUGCAGAGAACUGCACAGGAAAUUCCAGUCAGUGCUCUCCCAAUAUUCAUAAAAUGGAUGGAUAUUCCUGUGAUAACAAGCAGGGUAUUUGUUUUGGAGGAAGAUGCAAAACCAGGGACCGGCAGUGUAAAUAUAUCUGGGGUGAAAAAGUGACAGCUGCUGACAGGUACUGCUAUGAGAAGCUAAAUAUUGAAGGGACUGAGAAAGGCAACUGUGGAAGAGACAAGGACUCUUGGAUACAGUGCAAUAAACAGGAUGUGCUUUGUGGAUACCUUCUGUGCUCCAAUAUAUCCAGUGUGCCUAGACUUGGAGAACUUGAUGGUGAAAUCACAUCAUCAAUCUUGCAAUUUGGAAAAGUCUACAAUUGCAGUGGUGGCCAUGUGAAACUCGAUGAGGAGACGGACCUGGGUUAUGUGGAGAAUGGGACACCGUGUGGGCCAAACAUGGUGUGCCUUGAGCAUCGCUGCCUCCCCACCGAGGCCUUCAACUUCAGUACCUGCCCAGGCACCACAGACAGCCAGAUUUGUUCAGGACAUGGUGUUUGUAGCAAUGAAAUAAAGUGUGUCUGUGACCGAUUCUGGGGAGGAGAUGACUGCAGUUCUCGUAUCAAAGAUGAUAUUUUUUUUGAUAAAGAUGCCAUCAAUAAAGGUGUUGUUAGCACAAAUAUAAUAAUAGGAGCUAUUGCUGGCACCAUUUUAGUGUUGGCUCUCGUUUUAGGAAUAACUGGUUGGGGUUACAAAAACUACAGAAGACAGAGACAAAUACCCCAGGGAGAUUAUGUAAAAAAGCCUGGAGAGGCCGACUCUUUUUAUAGCGACAUGCCUCCUGGAGUCAGCACAAACUCUGCAUCUAGUUCUAAGAAGAGGUCAAAUGGAUUAUCUCAUUCCUGGAGUGAAAGGAUCCCAGACACAAAACAUAUUUCAGACAUUUGUGAAAAUGGGAGGCCUAGGAGUAAUUCUUGGCAAGGUAAUAUAGGAGGAAACAGAAAGAAAGUCAGAGGCAAAAGAUUUAGGCCACGGUCUAAUUCAACUGACAGGGUAACCCAUGCAUCUGAGCCUGGGCUUUCUCUCGCCCACCAAAUCCCGGCCCAAGGCAUAAGCCCAGGGGGUUCUGACCACCCCCAAACAGGGAGUCGGGAUCACAGGACACUGUCUCCUGCAAAGUCUCCAUCUUCAUCCACUGGAUCUAUUGCUUCCAGCAGAAAAUACCCAUACCCGAUGCCACCACUUCCUGAUGAGGAGAAAAAAGCCAACAGGCAAAGUGCCAGGCUAUGGGAGACGUCCAUUUAGCUGCACUGUUUUCCUGGGGUGACAUCAGAACUGUUUACUUCGAAUUUUAUAGAAACUCAGCAUCUCUGAGUCAUUGCACAUUCAUCUGCUCUUCAGACAAUUUGAAAGAUCAACAGAGAUGCCCGUGAUCACAGUGAGAACCUCCUCUCCUCUGGAAGGGAAAAAAGCAGCCUUUUAUUUUCUUUCUUUUUUGUUGACUAGGAUUUUAUGGAUUUGAUGAAUAACCAAAAUCAGAAAUUAACAGGGGAUAAUUAGCCCGGACAUGACAAGGCUAUUCCGCAUGAUGACAGAUACACUUACCUAGAAUCCCAACUGCAGUCCAUUUGCCAGUCCCGCAUAAGAGAGGUUUUUCUCUGGUUUAGUGCAGUCCCGAGUCAGACCAGAGUGGAACUGGGAACACGCCUCCCGGAGAGCCCAGCUGAUGUAAACUUGUAUGCUGUAUGCAUGAACCUCGUGUUCUUUACUUUCCACAUGUAAGGGAUAAACAACAUACUGUAGUAGAAAUUAGCAUGCAGGAGUAAGAAAUAUAGGAUUUUUUUGUGACAGGAUGUCAAGCUUUGAAAGGCAACUAUUUGACACAAACGUCAAACAAGCAAGGAUUAUAUCUUUUUUUUUUUUACCUUACGUGUUUAUAAUCUCAAUAUAUGGAUUGUAUAUAUGUAAACAUUUGAUAAUGUCAAAAAUAGCAGUUAUACAUAAGUGUAUUUUGCCAAAUGCCUAAAGAAACAGUCAUGACUAACAUCAUCACACUUCAAAUUUUCUAAUAUUAUGAGCAGACAACUUUGGAAAUACAGAAAGUACAGUACUGUAAAACUGUGUCUCUCAGAAACUGGUGUUUGACCAAAAUCUGUACUAUCUUUUCAGUAUCAUAUACUGUCUUGACAAUCUCAGUAGUAUGGUAGACUGCAGAAACCAGUACAGCAGCACUUUGUCUUAAUGUAAGAGGAAGCAGCCAAAAUUACGUUGUUCAAUGAGAUGACCAGUGUAUCCUCUCACGGGUGUAAUCAAGAAUGAUUUGGCAGACAACAGAGUAUUUAAGUAAUGUGCAGCCCAAAUUUACUGGACAUUUGGGAAUACUUCUAGUCAAUUCAGGAUGUGGUGAUGUGAAGUCCUUCUGGUUAGAGUUGCUGUGUAUUUUUGAUAGAGCAUUUCAGACACUGUUUUAGAUAGCAAGGUGUACCUUACGAGAAGCAUAACGAUUUCACUGCACUAGAUAAUAACAAUGCUGGGCAAGUGGUCGGUUUCAUUGCUGUCUUUUAAUUUUUAUUUGUUACUGGAAUCACCUUUAUCAUGUGCUUGAAAACUAUGUUUGCUGCCCCUGAAGCCCACUUGACAAUUUUUGGGGGUAUUAAGCUGAGUACAAGUGAGUUUAGCCUAAAAAUCUGGGGUGGGAGGGAACAAACCCUUUAUCUUGGAGAUGCUAAUCUUGUGUAUCAGUGGAUGGUUAGACUUCUAACACCUGAGACUUCUAAACGUUGUUGUAAAACUAAUGUCUUUCGAUUGGGAAUUAUCAGUCAGUAAGAAACUGGACCAUAUUAAAUCAGUUGAUAAUGUACCAGCUUUCCAAAAUUGACUAGUUAUUUGCUUCAGGUAGUACCAUUGCAGAAUAAAACACCCAAUUCUGUGUGGUGCAGUUGAAUACCUUGUCCAACAGUCGUAUGAUCAAUUAGAUAUUAUUGUAAUAGGAACAUCUGCGGUGUUUCUGAAUCUUCUACCUCUUUCAUGUAUUUCCUUCAAUAAGUGAACCCAACACUUGCAGCCUUUUGAUAUAUUUUUUUAAGUCUCUCAAUAAAGUCAAAUAUAUGUAAGAUUAAAUUAAGAGAUGUUUAAAGAUGUCAGCAACUGUAAAGUAUGUAAGAUUUUUAAAAGCACUAUAUUUUAUGAUUAGGCUGUAUGUUGGAUUAUGACAAAAGAUUGGCCUUGUCAUUCAAAUGAUUUUCCUUCACAGUCGACAGGUUCUGGUAAGUAUUUUGGAGAAAGGCAAAUGUGAGUGAGUGCAAGUGGAUGCAGACAGACCAUCUGAAAGGAGCCAGUCACUUUUAAUUGUUUGGGGAAAAGAUUCUUCACUUUUGUGAAGAGUAAAUAUCUGUCAGCACUGAAAAAUGCUUUUUGCAAAGAUUUGAGUGUAGGUAACUGGAUUAAAGAUAGUUGGUAGCGUGUAGCUCAUGAAAUUAGGGUCUGAGCCAUAAUCACUUGAAAUCAAUGUGUUUUACUGAGCUCACUGGACUUAGAGCAGGACCCUCAAGGAGUUCACCCACAUUAGCACAUCAUGCUAACCCAGUAGCCACUGUGUUACUCUGUUGCCUGGAAUCUAUUUUUCCCUUCCGUAUUAGUAUCUUGUCUUUAGUAACUGGACUGUUCAUCGUGUGCCUUUUAUGGUACUUUGGAUACAAACUGGCAUGUAAUUUUGAACAAUCCUUUUAGAUUUCUGUGCAUAUUUUAUGUUUACCACUGGUUACUCUUCCCUUUUGAUUUUGCCUUAUCAAGAAGCAGCAAGAUUUGGCAGACAGAACUGGAUAUAACAGACUGGUUGGUUGUGUUAUGUUCAUAGCUUCUUGUUCUGCAGACAAAUGGCUCUCCUGACUGUAUUUUCAAUGUAGUAUGUACUUUCAGCUUCUCUCUUGUUUUGGUAUAAUUCAUUUGUGGCAUAUGAUGAUACACUUAUGUGUGUAGUGUAACUUUUAACAGUAGUUUUCACAUUUGGAGAUAUGUAGUGACUGGAAGUCUAAUUAUGAGCACUAAGUUUAAGUUAAAUAAAUAUUGACUUUCACUUUGAUGGUCUAGAGUGAGAACAUCACAGGACUUGGGUUUUUUGCAGAAUUCUUCUGCAGAUAAUUUUGCAUCAGGCUGGUAACUUGGAGGCCUUGUCACUGCACAAAACUUGAACUGGCAGGGCUGUGUGAGCCUCCAAAGCCAGUGAAGGUCAAAGAGAGAAGUUGUUUGCUUACAUUAUGUGGGUUCCUACUCUUAAAAUGUACUGUGUAUUAUGGAAAGCUUCCAGAUUAAUAAUUUUGAAGAUUAAAAAUAUUUUUAUCCACUGCAGUUACACUGGCAAUAGCAAUAUAAAUUGCCGCAUAAUACCUCAUCCAGUCUAAAAUAGAGUACUUGUAUUGUCAGUAAGAUACUUCAGUCAUUUUGACUCACUGAGACUCAUGCUUUUAUUUUGGUUUUUAUUUUAAUAAAUGAAAUAGUUAUUUCCAGCUAUGCUGUAGAUGCCUGUUGAAGUGGGAGGUUAUCAGUUCUUCUCAAACAGAAGUAACUGUCCACACAAACAUAGGACCUCCAGGAUGAGCUAUACUUAAGUUAGUGUUAUGUAUUUCAAUGUGGGAGAAGAAUCUUGUAUAAUUUAAAAUAAAAUUAAUAUGACGAACUGAUGGAGACUGGAAAACAGAGAUUGUGUCCAAAUAAUAAUGCUACACAGUGAUGCCACAGGUUAACAUGUAAUAAUUUACCUGCUAAUUCUGAAUUUGUUGACAUAAGAAUUUCAGUAAUCCAUACUGUAGACUUUUGGUGAAUAUACUCAGGCAAUAUACCAGACAUGGUUGUGAUUGAUAAUUUACAUAUAGUAUUAUUUUAAAUAGGAGUUUUAAGGAGGUUGUUAAUUUUAUACAGCAUAUCUUUCCUUAAGUUGUGAACUUAAGUCACUACAUGCUGGUUACCUGAUUUGAAGUGUGACUUGACUUUGAGGAUAGCUAAUUCCAAAUGAUUUAAGAGUUCUUGAUUUAUAAGAUGUUGAACUUGCUAAGAUGAUGCACUCAUUAGAUAAUUUUGAUUGUGCUAAUGAACAAAUGGACCUUUGAGCUAUAGCCUGAAUUAAAAUCAGAGAGAAACUAUGUCAGUAGAUACUGUACUGAAGUCUUCUUACCUGAAUCCCUGUUGCUGGUUUUAAAUGAACUGAGUGGUCGUGUCAGCACCAAUGUGUCAACCAUUUUCAAAACCAGAGCUAAGAAUAGGUGCAUACACUAUUACAGGCAUGCAUACACUACAAAUUUUGAACAUAUUUGCAGUCAUUUCAUUAAUGAAUUAAUUAAUGGAUAGGUGAAAGGAUGAGAUUCCACAGUCCUAUGGGAUAACAAGUUAGCUCUUAGGACUUGCUCUGUCAUCGAAUCCCAUACCUCGCUGUUGUAAGCAAAAUUAUCGCACUGCAGUGUAAAACAGCAAACUCUGUUCCCUUCCAGGCCCUUUCUACUCCUACUGAAAAGCAUUUCCAUGAAUUAUAAUUACAUCCACUAGCAGCCUCUUGUGUUAAUUGGCUAAGAUCAGAAAGCUGCUAAGUUGAUCACCUUUCCACAUGAUGUCCUGGAUGGGGUCUUUCCAGUGCCUCAUGUCGCAUGUGCAGUUUGCCCUGGUGUGCUGGUUUUGGCUGGGGUAGAGUUAAUCUUCUCCAUAGUAGCUGUCCACCCCACCAGUGAGCAGGCUGGGGGUGCACAAGGAGUUGGGAAGGGACACAGCUGGGACAGCUGACCCGAACUGAACAAAGGGAUAUCCCGCACCGUAUGACAUAAUGUUCAGCAAUAAAAGCAGGGGGAAGUUUGGCAGGGGGCCACUGCCCGGGGACUGUCUGGGCACCAGUCGGUUGGUGGUGAGCAGUUGUUUUCAAUUGCAUCACUUGUCUGUCCUGGAUUUUAUUUAUCCCUGUUAUUUCCCUUUUCAUUAAAAUUUUUAUAAUUACUAUUAUCAUUACUAUUAUUAUUUUAUGUCAAUUAUUAAAACUGUUCUUGUAUCAACCAAUGAGUUUUCUUCUCACUUUUAUCCUUCCAGUUCUGUUCCUCCAUUCUGCUGAAGGGGGGAGUGAGCAAGUGGCUCUGUGGUGCUUAGUUGCCGACUGGGUUUAAACCACAACAACUGAUACAGGUGUUUGGUGGCUCAGCCAUCCUGUGUCUUUCUCACCCUCUAGCACUGUUCAAGGCUAAGCCUCUUUAAUCACUGGGUCUGUGAACCUAAAAGCUGUGCUGUGUCCUGUUUCUCUUUCUCCAAGUCUGAGGAUCAUCCAUUCUGUCACUUGAGUAUCUUUAUCAUUAGCAGACUGUUUGGGCCACUGUUACGGACCACAAUGUGAGAUUAUUUACCUUAUUUUUAAAAGCUUUAGAAUUGUGGUCUCCAAAGCCAGUUUUUUAGCCCAGAAUGGAUUAUCCAUCAGACUGCUGAGCUGGUGACCCACUAUUUGCAUGGCUUCCAAACCAUAUGACAUUUAUCAGUAUGGGAUUUGACUUUGAUCGGACUUCCUGAAGACAAAUAUGAAUGAACUGCACACAUAUGUACAGCCUGUCAUCCUGUGACUGACUGCAUGGUGGCAUCAUGUUCCUGUGUGCACGUAACUAUUAUCCCAACAGAGCAGGAAAAAAGGGAAUGGUGAAAUUGACUGCAGAUGUAGCUGCAAUGCAGAUAGGGCUCUUUGAAGUGUGAUUUCACCAGAAACAGGAAGUAAUAGUCUCUAUCAUCUACUCUAAAAAAACUCCUUCGACCUGAGUAUUCUCCAAGUCAGCCCAUGAAAAACAUUUCUUGUGCCUCCGGUAUGGAUGCUGAUGUAAACUAAAGCUUUGGAAACAGUAGCUUAUACACCCAGCAUGUGGUAUCCUGUCAUUUCACAGCAGUUUUAUAUUUAGAGAAGCACUACAACAGUCAAUGCUAAUAUGCUAUCUCAGCUCAGUGACCAAAACAAGCAGUAAAAAUAAGUUCAGAACAUAGAAAUGUGGUGACUUGCUCACACUUGAGAAACUUUGUACCUGACUUCAACAUUGGCUCACUGUCUGGCGGUUUUAGUUCUCUUAAAUACAAUCCACCAGUUUCAAAAUCACUUUAGCUUAGCCAGCUUUAAAUUGUUUAAAAACUUUUGCUAUGUAGAUGGGCCAUAAUUGCAAUAUAUCUCAGAAUGAGAUGAGACAGGUUGGGGAAAACAAGUGCAGAGCAUUUAAAAAACCCCACAUUCUCUAAGGAAGAAGUAUAGGUGUCUUACGCUAUUUUUAAUACUAGAACAUAAAAUGUCAAAGCAACAAGCUAAUUGUUUUCUGUUUCUGUAUUCUAAAAAAAUAAAUUUUUGUUUAAAGAAAAUCUUAACAUGAGGCCUUAAGACCUUACAUAUUCUAACUUUAGCAUGGAAAAAUCUAUUUUUACAACCAUGUUAGAAAUUCUGUAUAUAGGCCUGACUGACCUUGUAAGUAUAGUGGUGCUAGGAGCUAAUCAUGCAAUAUUGUAAGGCUCUGUAUAACAGUAAAUGCUGAUUUAUUUUGGUUAUUGGUACAAGGAUUCCUGCUCACUGCCUGUGUAGAGACUCUGCAUAUUUUAUGCUUGGAAAUACAGUCCAGAACAUAUUCAAACUGUGAAUAUAUAACCUGAUUUUUUUUUUCUUAAGGGUAAAGAUAUAUACAAUAGGUAGUGUUUUAUAUAGAAUACAGUACUUAUUUUUAUUGUUGCAUAAAUGCAAACUAUUUUUUUCAGAAUAGCAAAGCAUUACAGAAUUUUAAAAUUGUUGGAAAAAACACUAUUUACAUUAUGACCCAUUCUUUCAGCAAAGCUUUUGGGGUGAUAUAUACCAAUUGGCUCUGCCAGCUUCAUUUUGUGCUAAUGUUUAUCUUCAGCAUCGCUGUAAAAAAAGCUAUCUGUUUUUUCACUCAUACUAGCCUGUCUUGGUAAAACAUUUAGAGAGGCAAGGAGAAUCAUGCUUCACCACUGGGGCUGGACUAGUAUUAGCAAAAGCAACCAAUCUAUACCAUAUUGUUGUCUUUGCUAGUUAAAAUCCUUUAAAGAACAUGCCUGAUGUAGUAAAAAUGUAAGAUUUUGACAAACACCAAAAUGAAGCAUCACAAUUUAUUACUUUCUAGCUUCGAGUGUGAUAUUUUUGUCAUAAACAUUACAGGCAUUGGGCUGUUGAAUGAAUCUGGCUUUCAUGUAGGUAAACAAAAUGUUGCUUUUUAUAAAUUAAAUCAUUGUAAUUCGGGGUUCUAAAUUCCUGCUCACUUUUAAUAACAGCAUCACAGUAUCCACUUCUAUGAGAGUAUUUAAUACAAAUGCCUGUGGUUUUCAAUGUUACUAACAUAUUGUAACAUCAGUAAAGUGACUUUCAAUGACAAAGACUGUUGUGCGUGUUUUGUUCUCAGAAGUCCUUGUAUUUAGCACUUCCUGUUUUAUGUGUCUCUGUAAAACAAACAAAAAAAAAGACACUACACGCAUGGGAAAAAAAAAAAAAGGCUAAUGGCUAAUAAUAGAAUACAGAGUAUUUUUUCCAAUUCCAGGGUUGACAGUGAUCCUGUGAGCUUCCCAAGCGUUGUCUUAGAGUUUUACUGUUCUCAAGGCAAGUCUAAAAUUCCUGUUCCUUAGUAUGUCUGGAGGAAACCUAGAAAAAAAUCUACACUCUAAACCAUGCCCAAUUGUUUGCACAAAGGUCAAGAGCGAUCGUCCCACUUAACAUCAUAUAAGCAUCCUUCCCAGUACACCUUGUGGGUAAGAAAAGCCUUUAAUUCUGAGUUAUAGGUAACUGUUAGUCUCAAGCAGGUAACUUACUGAUUCUACUCUUAAUGGGAAAGCAACUUUUACAUAUGUUUCACGUUUUAUGUUGUUUUCAAGUGGGUUUCUUUAGUUACAUGACAGCAGAUUCUUAGUGUUUAUGUGUAAAGAUGAAAGAUGAUGUAUCUUAUCAUUCUGUGAAUACCAUGGAUUUUUUUAAACACUUACGGAGAACAAAAUGCAAUUCUUUCUUGGGUGAGCUAGAAUUUAUUCCUUGUUUUGGAGCAAUUUGUUUUACAGUUUUCUCUGUUUCGUGAUUACAAGAUCCCUGAAGAAAACCCUACUGGUUCACGCUUCUUGUUCUCACACCAUUUCACUGCCCAGUAGCUGGUCAGUGCUAAAACAGCAAUUCAGCCUGAGAAAAUAAAUUGAGUCAAACUUAAGUGUGUUUGUUAUUGGUCCUCUUCUUUCAUUGCUCCAGGCAACUAUUAUGCUUCAUUAAAAAAAAAAUUAAAAAAAUAAAAAAAGUAUGGAAGCUAAGCUUUUAUUUGUAGGUGCAAUUUUAAUACCACAUAUUCUUUUGGCAAUAAUUCUAAUUAUUUAUUUAUCACAUAACUUCAGACCUGUAUAGGAGUGUGGAACUGCAGGGAGGGGGGUGUCUCAGAUCAUUUAGUAAAUUUUACUUAUCUACAAGAAUGUUCAUUAUUGUCUGAUGUUUACUUUCAUUAGUAGUUUCGGGCCUGUGGCAGGUAGAGAAUUGGAAGAGGGGAAAAAA